UUGCCCUUUUUUUAGGCCAUUAUAAAGUAACCAUUUUUGGGUCUCUAAACCGCUCUUGUCAAAAAAUGACCCUUUAAAAGCCCAUCCAAUGUGGUGCUUUUGGAGUCUUUAAUCACCAAAACAGCUCAUGAAGAAACACUACUACACCAUCCUCCAUCUCUUGGAAACUUGCAAAUCCAUGGUCGAGUUGAAACAGCUACACUCUUUGAUGAUCACUUCAUCAAUUACAAAAAAUACAAUUCGAUUGAGUAGGCUCAUAGAUUUUUGUGCCAAUUCCAAGUCUGGAGACCUCCAGUACGCAAAGUCAGUCUUUUAUCAAAUUGAUGAACCCAGUGUGUAUAUUUGGAACUCCAUGAUCAAGGGUCACUCCAACGGUGACAAUCCUUUUGAAGCUCUGUUUGUCUACAGAGAAAUGUUGCAGAGGGGAUAUUCACCUGACCAUUUUACGUUCCCAUUUGUGCUCAAAGCAUGUUCGAUAAUCACAGAUCAUAGAUAUGGGAAAUCUGUUCACAGUUACAUUUUGAAAGCUGGGUUUGAGUUAAAUGUUUAUGUUUCUACUGCUUUACUCCAUAUGUACGUUUCUUGUGCAGACGUAGAGGCAGGGUUAAAAGUGUUCAAUCUUAUUCCUAAGUGGAAUGUGGUUGCUUGGGCUAGUUUGAUUGCCGGGUUUGUUAAUAACAAUAGGGCUAAGGAGGCUAUAAAGGUCUUCAAGGAUAUGGUACGCUGGAAAGUAGAACCCAAUGAGAUUGUCUUGGUGAAUGUUUUAGUUGCUUGUGCUCGAAGUAGAGAUAUAGAUACUGGAAAAUGGGUUCACAAUUAUCUUGCCCAAAUUGGGUUUGAUCCCUUCAUGCCAACUAAAAAUUUCAAUGUAAUUCUUGCCACUGCCAUAUUAGAUAUGUAUGCAAAAUGUGGUAGCUUUAAAACAGCAAGGGUUCUGUUUGAUAAAAUGCCUGAGAGAAACUUAGUUGCUUGGAAUUCCAUGAUUGGUGCUUAUAAUCAGUAUGGCCGGGCUGAGGAGGGGCUUCGUCUCUUCUUUGAUAUGCAGAGUGCUGGGUUUGAUCCAGAUCAAGCCACCUUUUUGGGUGUAAUAGGUGCCUGCACCCAUUUGGGGGCUUUGGCUUUGGGACAACGUCUUCAUGCUUAUAUAUUAAAAACCACCAUGGACAAAUAUAUUGCUAUUGGGACUGCUUUAGUAGACAUGUAUGCCAAAAUUGGAGAUGCAGAAAGUGCUUGGAAGAUAUUCAACAAUUUGCAAAACAAGGAUGUGAUGGCAUGGACUAGCAUGAUCAUUGGCUUUGCUAUGCAUGGAAAUGGUUUGGAAGCACUUCGUACUUUCAAGAUGAUGCAAGAGGAUUCUACUAUUAUUCCAGACAAGAUCACUUACAUAGGGGUUUUGUGUGCAUGUAGUCAUGCUGGGAUGAUUGACGAGGGUAGCAGACACUUUAAUGCGAUGAGAAAUAUCUAUGGCAUAAUUCCGACUGUCGAGCACUAUGGUUGCAUGGUUGAUCUUUUCAGUAGAGCAGGCCUCUUCAAAGAGGCUGUAAGCCUCAUGGAGGAAAUGCCGGUUCAACCUAAUGUUGCCAUGUGGGGUGCUCUUUUAAAUGGUUGUGAGAUUCAUGAAAAUGUGAGUCUCACUGACCAAGUUAGGAGGGGUAUGAUGGAGUUUGAACCUCAUGGUGGUGGGGUUUAUGUGCUUCUCUCUAAUAUUUAUGCCCGAGUUGGAAGAUGGCAAGAAGUAAUGCUGGCUAGAGAAUUGAUGAAGUAUAGGAAGAUUGCAAAAAUUCCUGGGAAUAGUUCAGUUGAGAUGAAGUCGUUAACUUAAUUAUGAAAUAAAUUUUUUUGAGACUGUCUAAAAAUGUCAGAAUAUGUAGAUAUAUAAAUUUGUUCAAUGAACUCGCAGCUGUACUUUGGAAGAAAACAAA